AUGAAUUUAAAUCAAGAUGAGAAGCAAGAAGAAGGCUUGAUGCAAUCGGAUGGUAUUCAUCAUCUCACCACACGUUCCGAGGAUCAUCAUGACGGUAUUUUGAAUUCCUUCUCUAUGGAUCAAUCCUCAUCGGGAUCCAUUCAGUCUUGUACGAAUCAUCACCGUCAUGCAACAGCUUCCGAUGAUCUUCACCUUUCUCUCAACCGGAAAUCAAGCACUCCCACUAAACAUAAAUCCCUCACGAUACAAAUUGAUUCACCGAUUGACACUGCUGCUGUUGUUCAGCAACAAUCAAGACAACAGUCAGCCAGUGUGGAUUUAUUUACAAGUACUACAACUCCCCAAUCUAAAAAGAUGUUUUAUUGUAAAUAUUUGAAAUACAAAGGAUCUUAUGACACGACAGUUUUGCUACCCGAACGUUACACACCAGACUUGAAACAUAGCAUGGAGGGAGAGCUUGUGAAAGCAUUAGGUAUAGGAAGCUUUGGAAUUGUUUUCAAGGCAUUUGAUAAUCACAACGGAGGAAGAGAAGUUGCUAUUAAGAAAAUUGGAGAUGUGUUUUCAAAACGACACAGAAAGCAUUUACUGAGAGAAAUUAAAAUAAUGAAACUACUUAAUGGCCAUCCAAAUAUUGUCAAACUUGUAGAUAUGUACAUAACGGGAAAUCAAAACAGUCCUCACUUAGAAAUUAUGGGCUCUGUUUCACCAAGUGUUUUCGGUGGGGAAGGGUUUUAUUCCCCCUCCCAAAUUGAGGAAGUCCCAUUUGAAGUUGAAGAUUUAUAUAUUGUACUGGAAUUUAUGAAGGAUGGAAAUUUAGCCAAUUUCAUGUCCAACAGCAGAAUACUGCAAGAAACUAUUUCACCAACCAUUACAAGAAAUAUUAUGUGCCAAAUACUAUGUGGACUAAAUUACAUGCACAAUUUUAACAUUAUUCAUCGUGAUUUAAAACCAGAAAAUUUACUUAUGGAUGGAGACCGUGUGGUUUUGGCUGAUUUUGGGCUCUCAAAAAAACAACAAACUGAGAAGGGGAGCUCUUACGUUUGCUUUCGAUACUAUCGGCCACCUGAAGUUGUCAUGCAAUACCAUCAACAAACCACAGCGAUCGAUGUAUUCUCUGUUGGAUGUAUUUUCUUCGAAUUACUUUGUCUUGAGCAUGGCUUGUUCAAGCAAAAAGAAUUAUUUCGGGUGAAUGGUGUUCUUGACCAUUUACAUAAAUUCUGUGAAGUGUUAGGUUACCCUUCAUUGAAAGAUCUUAAAGGUACAGAAAAAUCUGUUCAUUAUUUUCAGUCCAAACUCGAUCCAAACAAGUAUAAUCAGCAACCAAUUCUCCAUGAAAUUUGUUCAAAUUUUCAUCCAUUACAAGCAGACCUUCUCAAGGGCAUGUUGAGAUGGAACCCUGAAUCUAGAUUAACCAUUCAACAAGCUCUUCAACAUGAAUACUUUGCAAAUUGCAUCUAUCUUCAAAAUGAUACUCUUCUUGAAGCAAAACAAAUUGAUGAAAAUUCUCUAGAAGUGAAUGACGAUGAUGAAACGCUAUUUUCAAUAUUCAAACAUGUGUUUUAUGAUGAAAUACUUUCAUUCAAAGAGUCUUUAUCUCAAUAG